AUGGCAACAUCACACGCUGAGCCUGUCACCGUCCAGAAAUUUGCUAUCCCUGCCCUCGCCAAGGAUUUGAUUGCUGGCACAGUGGGUGGUUGGGCCCAAGUGGUUGUUGGCCAUCCAUUUGAUACGCUCAAAGUACGAAUGCAAACACAACCAUCACCUCCCAUUUAUCGCAACGCUAUGGAUUGCUUCCGAGCUCUUGUCAAACAAGACGGCCCGAAAGGUCUCUAUCGCGGUGUCACAUCUCCACUUGCAGGCGUUGGUUUCUGCAAUGCUGUGGUGUUCAUGUCGAACGGCUACUUUAGACGCAUGUUCCAAUGGGGCGAUGAAACCAAGGAGCUAUCGCUGAUCGAGAUUGGCAUGGCAGGUGGUCUUGCAGGCACUGUGAUGGCAUUUUUCAAUUGCCCAAUCGAAUUAUUGAAAGUGAAACUUCAAGUACAAGACCCUGCUGGUGUCAUCGGACCCACUGGCAAAUUGGAGCCUGCCUAUAAAGGUGUCCUCGAUUGUGGUAUUCGCACAGCUCGUGCACAAGGUAUUCAAGGCUUAUACCGUGGUCUCGGUGUCACUUUGUUGAGAGAUUCUCCCAGCUAUGUCAGCUAUUUCAUAACCUAUGAAGGAUUGAAGCGUAUCAUGCAAGCCUUGAAGAAGGAUCCAAAAGAGGAAUUAUCCACCUUUGAAUUAUUGAUGGCAGGUGGUCUCGCUGGCUUUGGUGCAUGGAUCCCAGCUUAUCCUCAAGAUGUAAUCAAGAGCCGUUAUCAGAAUGAUACCAGAUAUACCUCUGCACGUCAAGCCUUCCGCUCGGUGCUUCGAGAAGCUGGUGCCAAAGCUUUUGUUCAAGGCCUUGGUCCCACUAUGGCUCGUGCUUUCCCUGCUAACGCUGCAACAUUCUUCGCAUUUGAAAUGUCGAUGAAAGCAAUGUCCUAA